AUUGAUUCAGACCAGGCAAUAUACGAGGAGGAUAUUGGUACACAUGGAAGAAAAGGAGGGUGUUUUUCCCAAAGGCGGGCUUCUGCUCCAGCAGUUGAUGGGAUGGGCGACAUUCUGAAGAGCGCCAUUCACCCUACGGCAGAAACCCCGAUCUCUUCAUUGGAUUCAAGGAGUCUAUCUAGCUUCCCAAGUUCCGUGGACGAUGACACCGACCCAAGCGAUUCCCUUCUGGUGCUCGCGCCCCUGUAUAUACCUAGGUCCAAGAACAAUGAAGCGUCCGCACGAAAGCGACCUGGUUUUACGACAAAACGGUACAACCCAGGCGCGUCGUCAAGAACGUGGCAUGACUGGCUCGUAAGGCUAUUCGCAGGACGCAAGCCAACCCUGAGCUCACAGAUUGGCCACAAACGAACCGACAGCUUCAUCUGCAACUCUAUACGCGCUGAGUCGGCUUCUCAGCUGCUGAAGACUCCCAAGGGGCAGGAUACCACGAAAGCACCCACACAGAAGCACGACUUCAAACACAUCACUUCAUGUAAUCACGCACCUCGACUUCUCCUCCCAAAAGUCAUUCCUUCCGUUCGUACACCCGAAUCCCAUCUCGUCACGCACUGCAUAUCCUACACGAGGAUCUCGCCCGCGCCCCUCACUGCAUAUACCGGAUACACAGUCGUGGCGCACGACGACUACACACCGGAACGGGUGGUCCGCGGCUUCGACGUACCCGGCAGAUCAGCAAUCGUUGCGCCUUUGUCCAAGAGGAACAACACGGCAGCAAAUUUGCUGGAUCGCGACAGAGACGCAUGGUCGAGUUGGAAUAGGAAUAUUACGUGUCCUACGGACUUGCCUUUUGAGAAGAUGCAUCCAGGACGUGUGUCUGUCCCUCGACAGUCUGAAGCGAACUCGAGAAACAAAACUGGGGGGUGCGAGAUGGAUCAUUUAGACUGUCAGGAUGCGAGUCAAUGCUCCAACAUUGCGGUGGAGGAGUAUCCGUUUAGUCAGUGUUGUUAUUGGUGA